AUGUGUUUUUGUCUCUGGGAUGAAAAUGACAACAGUCCCGCCAUUUUGGCUCCCUAUUCCGAGCACGGCUCCGUUAACAGUGAGAGCAUCCCCUAUUCUGCCGAAGCGGGAUACUUUGUGGCAAAGAUCAGGGCAGUGGAUGCAGACUCUGGAUACAAUGCACUGCUCUCUUAUCACCUGUCUGAGCCCAAAGGCAACAACAACCUGUUCCGGAUCGGAACCAGCACCGGGGAGAUUCGGACCAAGAGGCGAAUGAGCGACAAUGACCUGAAAAGUCACCCCUUGGUGGUGUCGGUCUGUGAUCACGGAGAAGCGUCCCUGUCAGCAACUGUGUCAAUUGACGUGGUGGUGCUCGAAAGCACAGCUGACAUCCACACUCCAUUCAGACAUGUGCCCAGCAAGGAGGAGAGCUUCUCCGCCUUACACUUGUAUCUGCUCAUCGCCACUGUGGCCGUGUCGCUCAUCUUUCUGCUCAGCCUCAUCACUUUAGUAGCCUUUAAAUGUCACAGACAGACAGACAGACCCUUCGAUAGAUACAGUGCCCCGAUGAUCACCACCCACCCUGAUGGGAGCUGGUCUUACUCCAAAGCGACACAGCAGUACGACGUGUGCUUCAGCUCAGACACACUCAAGAGUGAUGUAGUGGUUUUCCCUGGGCCC